AUGUUUCCACAUCUAUACAAAUCCAACAGAAUCAGCUAUAACACAGGCAUAAGUCGCUUCAAGUCGGGCGCAGCUAUAAGAUAACAACCAAGAUCUUCUGAACAUGCGGUUUAACGAACUUUUCCUUUGAAAAUCGAUAAACUAAUAAUUUUUCUACUUCGUGACUGAAAUAAAAAUAAAAAUAGUUUUACUUUUUCAGUUCAAGAAAAAGAAAACGCCGAUGACGACAGUUACCAGGUGAGCUUCCCUUUUUGUUUUCGGAAAAAGGGAAUUUUUCCAAUUCCAAAAGUUACUGUGUGUAAAAGUCCGCAUUCCGAGGCGUGUUCGCACACUUCUUGCCUGGCUUUAUUUAAUUUUUAUUAAAACGUCAUCGGGAUGGAUUAUAAUGACAGAACACAGUUAAAAUACAUCAAAAAUCCAUUCAAAUUCUGUAUAAAGAUGAAAUUAACAAACGGAGAAGGAAGACAACAAAAGUGCAAACACAAAAGAGAAAUAAUGCGGACUUUUUCCUACAGUAACCUUUCAGAAAUGGAAAAAACCGCUUUUGUCGCACUUGCCCUUCUUAGGGGCGUCAGAGUGGUCCCUAUAGGGGUUAGGGGCGAGAAUAUCUCCUAUAGGAGACAAAAAAGCGCUCCCUAUAGGGGUUAAAUUCAGGUGGCCCCUAUAGGGGUUCAAGGUCUGGCUCCUAAACAUGUAACGCUUAAGUUAUCACUAUAGGGGUAAAACUUAGGUGUUCCUUAUAGGAGUUCAGGAUCUGACUGUUAAGCCUCUAAGCUUGAGGGAUCCCUAUAGGGGUUGAGGGUCUGAUAUUCAAGCCUCUAAAGCUUAAGAGAUCCCUACAGGGGUCUUAAAAUUUUUGGGAUGACUUGAAAAUUGAACGCUAAAUUAUUCGCAUGGAAAUGCUUCUUAAGGUUCAUAAAAAAAAACCGACUUUUAUUUUCCAUAUAGGAGCUUCCUUUACAAGCUUUAGUAACCCCUAUAGUGGAGGUAAAGUGGUCCCUAAAGGGCCCCUGUAGAGACCACUCCAGCGUUCCAAACUUCACCAAAAACCAUCUAUUUUUUUAAUUUUGAAGGCACGAAUACGGAGCAUAAAAAUUUGGAGGAAAAAGAACACGUGCACGAUCGACGGCAUCAAGUUCGAGACGAUCAAUGAGCUGUUGACUUUUCACAAAAUCACACCGAUCGUCAUCCGCAAAGUGGGCAUUUUUUGAUGGGAUUCGAAAAAGGACCCCUUUUUGAGGAAAUUUAAAUGAGAUUUUUUGAGAGGAAUCGAAAAGGACCCCUUUUUUCAAGGAAAUGACAGUGAGAAAAAGUUCAAAUUAAGAUUAUCUUGAAAAAUUGAGUCUCCAAGACGAAAUAAAGUUCAAAAUAUGGACUUUUUGAACUUAUCACGGGUCUAAAAAGAAGAUUUCUAGCUUUUUCUUUCUAUUUUGAAAACGAGGAGUUUAAGGUUCAUUUUUAAGAACUUUUUGGCUGAAGUCGAAAAAUUUUGAAACAAAAAUUUGAAUUCCGUGUUUUUUUUUGCUCCGGAGCUUAAAAUUGGGUUUCUGAAACAGAUUUUACCUGAACUCUUCAUUUUUACUGUUUCCUUUUUUUUGACUUUUUUUUUCUGAGAUUCAUUAAAAUCGAAACUUGCUUUUGUCACUAUCACCACCAGAAUCGUCAACUUUCAAUGACCCUGGAUUUCAGCAAGCCGUGAAACUGAAAACACCGAUAAAAUUGGCAUCAUGGGAGUUUACACACAAGCAGGUGGAACUCUCAGCAAAAAUACUUGGGGGCGGAGCUUUCGGCGAGGUGGGUACGAUGCUCCAAUUGACGCUUUGGGUAGGAAGAGUUGGGAGAGGUUUUCACAAUAUUUCAAAUACUUUUUUUCAAGUUUAAGGUUGAAAAAAGGAGAAAAAGUAGAAAAAACGAACAGUGAAUGUUUUAACGUUCUUUGUCACACUAGAUGAAGGGCUCGAAAAAAAGAAAAAAAGCUGGAAAAAAUCCCGAAAAUUUCCCUGACCUUGAUAACGCGAAUCGGACGUGUCUGGGCAUUCCUAGUGACCACUCUAGUAGCCUCAGAACUCUUAAGUGAUCCCUAGAAUCGCUCAGAAACUUCCAGAGCGCGUCCGGUUUUCGUUACCGAGAGCCGAGUGGCUUUAAAGAAAAUCAAUAAAAUGUUCAGGUACGACUGGGAACACUGGAUUUGAAAUCGGACGGGAAUUUGAUCCGUGUCGCUAUAAAAACGGUAUAUUUUUUUUUCUGAUAGAAUAUCCAGAACUAGGGGAAGGAUGAAAAGUCUUCUGAAGGUUAAAAAAGGCUCCAAAGUUUCCAAUUUUUCACGAUAUGUUAAUCGUUUUCGCGUUCAUUACUCUCUUGAAAAAAAUUUUUCGACUCUUUUUCAAAAAUUCUCACUUCCUGGACAAGAAAAAUCAUAGGAAAAAGCUUUGAAAAAAAUUUUUUUGUCAGUUACUUUUUUUGCCAGUGAACAUAAAACAUUUUGAGUUACAAAAAGGAUACAAAAAGCUAUUUUUCAAAAAAUUCUGCUUAUUUAAUGUUGAUUCCACUUCUCGGCCAUAUUUCACAUAAGUUCACUUUUUCCGAUUUCUACCUUUCCAAUGCUUCAAAACGACAUAAACAAGUCCCAAAAAAGUCCAUUUUCAGUUAAAAAUCACAUCGACGGAGCAAAAAUCGCAGAACAAGGCCCUGAUGGCCGAGGCGAGACUUUCCCGAGUUCUAAUCCAUCCGAACGUCUUGCGGACCUACGGCGUCGCCAUCCGACAGGAGCCCGUCUACCUCAUUUCGGAGCUCUGUCCUGGUUCGUCAUCAACUCCUUCUCCAUUCAAAUCCAUAUUCCAGGCGGAUCCUUGUACAGCGUUCUGAGGGACCCAAAGCAGAAGCACACGACGGCCCAGAAGGUCGCCUGGUGCGUCGGGUCGGCCCGGGGCGUCGAGUACCUCCACGCCAACAAGUACAUUCAUCGCGAUUUGGCCGUCCGGAAUGUUCUUCUGUCGGAGGAUAGGACUGUGAGUGGGUGUGAUUGAAGUAUAACUGAAGGGGGCUUGGGUCAGUUGGGACUCCCCGCAGCUGGGACUUUGAUCACGUUCUAGUGAAGACUUGGGUCAGUUGGGACUUUCCGAAGUUGGGACUUUGAUCAAGUCCUAGUGGAGGCUUGGGUCAGUUGGGACUUCCCGAAGUUGGUACUUUGAGGACGUUUUAGUGGAGGCUUGGAUCAGUGGGGACUUUGAUCACGUUCUAGUCGAGACUUGGGUCAGUUGGGGCUUUGAUCACGGUCUAGUAAAGGCUUGGGUCAGUUGGGACUUCCCGAAGAUAGGACUUUAAUCACGUUCUAGUGGAGGCUUGGGUCAGUUGGGACUUUGAUCACGUUCUAAUGGAGACUUAAGUCAGUUGGGACUUAGAUAAAGUUCUAGUGGAGGCUUGGGUCAGUUGGGACUUCCCGCAGUUGGGACUUUGAUCAGGUUACUAGAAAUUGGUUCUAAACCCUAAUAUGUCGACUUUUUGGCUAAUCGAACAUAGUUGAAUCAAAGUAUGGCUUCUAGAGGGGCUCUGAAGGCUCCAAUCUAGGGACCACCUUAGCUCCCCCUAUAGGGUGUACUUAAACUUGCAAAAGUGGCCACUUUAAGCAUUUUAAUGAGUGGUCACUCUAGGGGAAUACGCUAGUGGUCCCGAAAAGGUCCAAGGAAAACUAUUCCGUCGAUUUCAGGCCAAGAUUUCCGAUUUUGGAAUGGCUCGGCAAGGCGACAACUACGUUCUGAAGUACGUCACGAAGACCCCAGUCAAGUGAGGACUUUUUGGAAUUUCUGAGAGAAUCUGGGAAUUUUUGAGGUACCUAGCGCCGGAGACGUUGAAAACGUUCGUCUUUUCGCCAAAAUCCGACGUUUUCACGUUUGGAAUCUUGAUUUGGGAGGUUUUUCACGACGCCGCCGAGCCGCACGCCGGUCUCACUACACAACAAGUUAUAGCGAUGGUUGGUUGGAAAUAUAUUAAAAUAUUUAGAUUUUUUUACCAAAUACUAACAACUUGAGAAAAAGUUCAGUCAGUAACUUGAGAGGCUAGUGAUAAGAACUUACAAAAAAAUUUAUUUUUUUCUUUUCAAAAUUCAAUUUUUUUGCAUAUCACAAAAAAACUUGAGUUAUCGACAAAUUUUUGGUCAACUUUUUCAACUAAAAAUGGUCAAACGGAAAGUCCUGAGGAAAAAUUUUUCUAUUUUUGGACCUAGUUCUUCUAAAGUCUAAAAGCAUUCAAACUGCCCUUUUUAUAGUCACUGAAGUUCAAAGAGCAUAAUAGAGUGAUUAUAUAAAUUAAAGAAAGUAACAAUUUUCUUGAAAAGUGGUGUUUAUUCAAAAAAUAUUUCAUUUGAAAAUAUCCACCCACCCGAAAUCCCCAAUUUUCAGUCGAAGAAAGGCGUCUUCCUGACGUGCAACGAGAAAACUCCGGAGCCGAUUCGUCGGCUGAUCAGCCAAAGGAUUUUCACCGUCUGUCCCGAAAAUCGAUGCAACAUCACCGAGGUCUGAACCAGUGAAAGUAGAGACCGUAUGGUGAAAAGUUGAAAAGAUAUUCUCCGCUCCAAAUAGCCUGUUCAGAUUUUGAAUACCAGCUCUGUAUUUUUUGAUCGUUUUUGUUCGCGCGAGUCUUGGGCCUUGGGUACUCGCAUGCUGAGCAGGUGUCUCAGCGGGUGUACCCGUAUUAAACCCGUGUUUCUGAGGUUAUUUUAGUCUCAGUUGGGCUAAAACGGGGGAACAACGGGUGUAAGAAAAAUAUGUAACCCAGCUGGGCUAAAGCGGGGUCUCAGUUGGGCUAAAAAGUGCCAAAAGUUCUAUCAGCUGGGCUUAUACGGGUUUAAUACGGGGGCAACCGCGGAGACCCCGUGUUAGCACGGCUGGGUUACCCUGCUCAGCAUUCGAGCAUUCUGAGAAAAAUGGCAGAAAUUUUCCAGUCCUCACUAAAAAAUUUCAAAAAAAAAAAUUUUUUUUUGAAGGUAAUACAACGGCUAGAGAAGGUCAACGAGCCGGAGCCGAAAGAAGUUGGCAAAAAAUGA